AUGGGGUGGAUUGCUGAAACUGCUCUGUUCGUCAAUGGUGUGGGAAGUCGCGACGGAGGCUCAGGUGGAAGAGGGGACCUGGUGCAAGCCAUACAACCGAUGGAAGACGCGAAUGAGAUGAAGGAUGGCAAGAAUCGAUACGCAGUUCUUGAGUUAGCGAUGACAGAAAAUUUGUGA